UCUCCUCCUGUACGGUCUGCAACCAGAUUUUAGUAUGGCCGGUUUCACCGGCUCGUAGUACACCAAGGGCGCAUAUAGCCUGUACGCAGUCCUUAUGUCCUCGAAUUGUAUCUCAAGAUCCAGGGGCGGAAAGUUCAAAAGAAUCUUUAACGAUCUAGUUGGGACCGUUCGCAUAGAUUCUUUGAUGUUUAAGCAUGCGAGGCGAAAUAUAUAUUACCGAAACAUCGAUGAAAACGUUAUAGAAGUCCCUGAUUCACCCUCACCACCAAGUGCAGUUCAGUAUGAAAAGAGCAUUGAUCUUGGUGACUCUGAGCAACCGAUAGACUUAUCCAUUGCCAAAUGUUUUGCCACAACUGUGCCCCUUUCUAAUACGCCUAAUAACUCUCAGGUUACACAGACGAUUAAACAGAGUCAGCCCUUACGGAUUUUAAUACAUCCAAAAAAUGAUACUAAUAAUCCGUCAUUUACUAACAACUCGAUAUCCAAAGGGAUGUUAUACCAAGAACAACACUUAUUGCCAUCGUCAACUCACACAGACCAAGCAAAAUCUUGCAAUUUGCCCGUCCAACAUUGUAUCCUGCCAGUUCAACAUAAAAUUGGCAUACCUGCAAAGCGUCGUGGUAUUAACAAACCGACAAACUUUAAGUUUGUCUCAAAUGGGGACAUUUUAAGUAUGGCUAAAUCCAUAUUUUUUAAACGUACAUGCACACUGUAUCAGUGGAUGUAUCCUAAUGCAUCUAGAGAGCAAGUUAGAAUGUUUGUCGCAACUACUUGGGACAAUAUGACCGAUCAAGAAAAGAAUAUUUAUAUUGCCCAGGUGAUGGACAGAUGUAAUAAAAUGAACACCAGUGGGAGCUUAAUGGUAAAUCCCCAACUUAGUCAAAUAAAAUACUUCCCAACUGCAAUGCAAGCUCCUCGUUGUAAUAGAAAGACUAACGAGUUGCAAAAUGCAAUUUCUAGUAUAUCUAAUGAAACCUGUGAUGAUGCUCUUCAAAUCACGUUAAAAGCAAUCGUAAAUCAUAAAAAACUAAAACAUAAGGCAUUUUUAAAGCAAUUAGUAAUUGAAGAGCUACGAUCAGCAUGUUAUGGAGUUUUACUCGCAAAUAUAUUUUUAGCAGCUAAUUGCAUUCUUUGUAAAUUAACUGGAGGACUACAUUAUUACAACAUUGGACUUAUCUCAGGUUUCAUAUCGGGGUUAUCAGUUUUGAUUGAAACAAACGAAAAUCAUAGGUUGGAUACUUUGAUAUUUUCUAAUUGUUUAGUGGAAGCUAUGUUUAAAAAUAUCGAUGCUUAUAAUAUACUAAAACUAACUAAAGCAAGAGAAACUUUACUGUUUAUGGGAGUAAGCAGCUUGCUAAUGCAUUUGCUUCAAAAUAAAAUAAAAAGUAAAAACUACGGAACACUUUGGUUUUAUUCUCCAAAACCUUUUACAUAUGAAUCAGAUGCAGAAAAUACAAAUGAAAAAUGCGUGAAAGUUAAGUGUGAUCACCAAGGUCAAUGCUUGAACUUUGCUGUAAUGGGUGGCCGCAAGUAUUUUGUAUUAGGACUGCUUUUCAGUAUUGUUAGAAAGUUUAUACCAAAAAUGUUAAUUAUUUUUAAGAAGCCAAGUGAGCUCUACAAAAUUUUAGUAAACAAGGAGCAUCUUAAGUUUGGAGCUUUUAUUGGAAGCUAUGUUGCAAUAUAUCGAUAUGUUACAUGUUUCCUAAUAAAGAAACACAAUCAUGUAAACCAAAAAUACUUCGGUGCAGUUGCUGGAUUAUUUUCAGGACUCACAUAUGCUAUUUCUCCUAAUAUCCAAGUAAUGUCAGUGGGUGUAACUACAAUUUUACAAAUAUUUUACAAUAAUAUCUUAUCCAAACUUAACAUAAAAAAUAAACUGGUACCUCAGCAAAUAGUAUAUAUGAUGUCUCAUGGAUUACUGGCACAUAACGCAAUCAUGUCCAAAGAAACUUGCCCAAGUUACUAUGUAAACAUGUUGGAUACUUGUACUAGUAAUGUGUUUUUGAAGAUCUACCAAGAACUCGUUAUAAAAUAUAUUUUGUAAAAACGUGUUCUGGAACAGAUGUCAGUGGAACAGACAACCAAUUUUUAUCAAAAAGACUUUUAUUUUUAACAGGUUUUUUAAAUAGGCACCUAUUUAACUAUACACAUGUACUUAAAACUAAAACAAACUACGAUUAAUACUUUGUAAAAAUAACUAAGAACUAACGAUAAACAUCAACAGUUAAGUGAAAAAAGAAAUGGAAAUGAUAAAACUGUCUCAAUCUAGAUGAAAGUUACUUAUAUGUAAUUUGAUACUGGCACAAUAAUGAAUUUAGGUUAAACAAAUAUUUUAUUAUCUAGAGAAGUUGUAUAAUUAAUAUUCUCGAUUAACCAAUUUUUGUUUUGUUUUCUUUUGGGAAUAAAUAAAAAAGAUAUUAAAUUUA